CGCGCAUUGAAUCAUGGUAUAGCACGAUUGAACCAUGGGAUUGAUUGUCCUAGCUUUCUUUUUACGAUCCUUGCGACAAACAAGAAACGUCUCCAUAAGCUCUUCCGUGUUUUGGAAUUCUGUCAUGUUUGAGAACAGGGUUUAAUCUGACAGUAAGGGUAUGUUAAAACUAUUUUAAAUGCAGUACACUUUAUUUCACCUUAGUGUUGGUGAAUUUUAAGAGUGAUCGACGUACCUACAUAUGCAAUAAUGGAUUAAUUAGGUGUAUUUAUUUAACAUCACUUAAUGACAAGGAAUGCAGUGGAAAUAAUACACAUAAACGUUAGGGUUUUAAAACCUUGUUGACUACACGCUCAUUAGAGAAACACAAUCCCUUGGUAUCUUUGUUUGGCAUAAAUUAAAUGCUCCAGUCACUUUACUUUAUUAUCAUUUUAAACAGACUGCACUGUUGUCACAUUGCUGAAUUUUAAGAGAGGUCGCAUCUUGUUGCUAAAUCAUGUCGUUGGGCGAAAGCCAAUCAGAUCAUUCGUAGCUGAUAGUUUCAGUUUCAUUUCUUCUAAAACAUAAGUGCUGCCUCUGAAAAAGAUAUUUACAGAGACGCGUGAACUGACAAAAUGUCUAACGACAAAAUUGUCCGAUAUGCCACAAGGCUCCUUUGUUCCCAUCAAGGCUCUUUGGAGUACAGGCAGCUUCACAGGCAGCUUUGCAACAAUUUUGACAUUUCAGACUACGACCUGUGCUACAUCUUGAGGGAAUGCUGUAGGUUUGCUGUUGUUGGUGGCACUGAAGACAGGACGUCAUAUACAGAGAUCAACCCGGACUGCAGGAUAAUUGCAAGAACAGCAGUGAGACUGUGCAAGGACUAUCCGAAAGACAGAUGUUCUGACUGCGAAGAAGGGCUUCAUCUUUGCAAAUAUUUUGUUUAUGGUAACUGCAGAUUUGGCAAAGGAAGGAAACCGUGCCGGUACUCACACGAACUUAGUUCAGGCCAUAAUUAUGAGGUCCUGAGAAAUUAUCAUCUUCUUGAUCUGGAUCAAGAUGAGCUUUUUAUGCUGCUUCUACAGAAUGACCCCUCUCUUUUACCUGAGGUGUGUGUGCAUUACAACAAGGGGAGUGGCCCCUAUGGAGCUUGUACAUUCAAAGCAAGCUGCACCAAACUCCACAUCUGCCAACACUUUGUGCAAGGCGACUGCAUGUUCGGAUACAAAUGCAAGAGAUCCCACAGGAUUGAGUUGGAUGAUCAGAAAAAGCUGGAGGAGAGGGGGAUCACCAGAGAGAAUAUUCAUAAUCUGCCCUCUAUAUACAGGAAUAUUUACGACUUAAAAAACUGCAGCAUCAGCUCCAGUGAGGGAGAAAUCACAGACACGGCACAGGGGCCAUCAGUAAGUGAACGAGAGAGCAAAGAAAUCUGCCUCCAUUACAUCAGGAAACAAUGCAGUUUUCAAGAAAAGUGCAUUCACGUCCACUUUCAUCUGCCCUACAAAUGGGAAGUGUAUGAUAAGUCAUCUUGGGUAGAGCUCCACCACAUGGAAGAAAUUGAAAAGGCUUUUUGUGACCCGGAAAAUACCCACAGUGAAGGGUCUCGGCCGGUAGACUUCCUGGAAAUGACACGAAACUCAGCUCCAGUCAGACGCCUCUCCACAGCUUCCUCUGUUACCAAACCACCGCACUACAUCCUGACCACAGAAUGGGUCUGGUACUGCAAGGGUGAAAACGGCAAGUGGAUUGAAUACGGACUGCCAGAUGAAAAACGCAAAGUAUCUUCUGUUACUUCUAAGGAGUUGGAGCAAGCAUACUUAGCAGAUAACAAUGCUGAAAUUAUCCUGACUAAAGGCCAUCGCCAGUACACACUCAGUUUUAAAGACAUGUAUCAACGGAACCCAAAACAUAAUACGAAGAGGAAGGUGCGGAGAAGGCCCAGAUUUGUUUCUGAAAAAGCAGUGGAAAACAAGAGAAUGGGCAAAAGUGACUUCGCUCUGGCAUCGAGCUCCACCACAAAAUCAUUUCCAGAGAACUGGGACAUGGGUGCUGUGCCUGAGACUGGAUACAAGUUGAUUCAACUUUCUUUCUCCUCCGAGGAAUUCAAGGAAAUUCAAGAUCUCUUUCUGAAGAAAAUGACCACGGCGACCAUCCAUAAAAUCGAAAGAAUUCAAAACCCCUCUCUCUGGGAAGUGUAUCAAUGGCAAAAGGAACAGAUGAAGAAGAAAAAUGGAGGGAAGGAUGUUGAUGAGCAAUUGUUAUUCCACGGUACACAGAAAUCUCUUGUAGAUGCCAUCUGCAGCCAAAACUUUGACUGGAGAAUCUGUGGAGUCCAUGGGACUGCCUAUGGGAAAGGGAGUUACUUUGCAAGGGACGCCUCGUAUUCCCACACUUAUACCAUGUGCACAUCAGGACACCGGAUCAUGUUUGUGGCUCGAGUGUUGGUUGGAGAGGCGACUGCAGGAAAAACCAGCUAUUUACGCCCCCCUUCUAAAGAUGGCAACGACACAACCUUUUACGACAGCUGCGUGGACAAUAAAUACAGCCCUUCCAUUUUUAUCAUCUUCGAGAAACACCAAAUUUAUCCAGAAUACGUGAUAGAGUACAGUAAGUAUGGCAGAACACUGGGGAUGAAUGUGUAAUGAAGACAUUUUACUUAUAUAAUUAGUUUUUCUUUUAGCAUUAUCAGUAAAGGGUUCUAACCACCCAAAAAACAUUCUUGCCUCUCAUUUCUACAGCAACUUCCCCAUAAUAUUUUGCAUUAUUUUCACUUUUACUCAGAAUUAUUAUUUUUUUGUUCCAGGUAGCUCUUCAUUUCUGACCUUUUAAAACUGGGGAACAGAUUGUGAAGUCUCCUAUUUACAAAUGUAUGUCAUCUACCCCUCUGAUUUAAAUCCCUUUUAUUCAGAGAGGAGUAACUCCUGGUGUCAAAUGAAAUACAUCCACUGUAAUCGGAUAAUACGCCUGAGGCCUAAACCAACUACAACAAAUUUUUUUUUUUUUUUUUUUUUUUUUUUUUUUUUACAAAUAUUUAUAUCAAAUCCAAAUAAUGACAGAUUGUUACAUUUUUUUUAAAGAAAAAAAAUAAAAUAAUAAUGCUGUGUUUAUUAUAAUGAAGUACUGGCUGGAAGACAAACCAGCACCUUAUGACUUUAUAUUUUGAGAAAGUGGUCUGCCUGUGGCAAUACAACACAUAAGAGACGAAUUCAAGUCGUGUUUCACCUGCUGAAGGCACCAACAGUAACAAUUGUCAACUUGACUUAGGUGUGUAUUAUUAUUAUUAUUAUUAUUAUUAUUAUUAUUAUUAUUAUUAUUAUUAUAUUUUUUAACAUAACAGUAGUGCUUGUAUCUGUAGUGUAGUACAUGUAAUAAAAUAACUGCAAACAAAGAACUAUGUAUUAUUCCAGUCUGCAUUUUUAUCUAAUCUAGGCAUCUUCCACAUGUUUAUUGUUAACUUGUGAACUGUAUCCUGUCAUAUGUGUUACACAAAAGGAAGCAGCAUAUGUUGUAUUACAGGUAGGAAAAACAACAUGUACAUCUUUCUGAUCUUUAAACUAAACACUGCAUAACAUGCGGUGUGUAUUUUUGUAUUCCGCAUACCUGUACAGAACUACCGAAUGUAUCUAACUUUGAUGUACUUUUAAUGUAGGCUAUAUUUCAAAUAAGAAGUUCAGAAAAAUGAGAACAUUGCAUAUUAUACUUGGAAAACUAUUUAGGCUCCUUAACAAGACUAUAAAACCCCCCAUCUCUGCACAUUGUCAGUCUCCCAUUUGCAUGGGCUUAGUUAUUUAAGGCAAACCUAAGUGAUAAAAAAUAAUACAAUAAUUGUCUUUACAUAUGUACAGUAGCAUAACAUUUGAAAACCAGACUGGGAGGUAGAAAUAAAGUGUCAAACAGAUUUUUUAAAAAUGUUUUAUAUUUAACUUUGAUAUGCUGAAUAUUUUUUUAAUGUAGGGUUUGAAAACAUGACUUAUUUUAGGACAAUUUCUUCGUAUUGAUUGGGGAAAUAAUGUAACGGCUUAUGUUCCCAGAAAACAAA